AGGAGCCCGACACGAUCUGUGAUGAAAUCAGUGUAACACAACCAGCUGUUCAUAUGUCAUCUCGAAUUUACCCGACAUCUGACAUGUAUGCUCAUGUAUCAUCUCUUACUCAGGCACAUCUGGUCACUUCGCAGCGCAUCCGAGCAGCAGGGUGAAGGACAGCCGCUGCGCUCCCUCCGCCCUCAAUCACCCUCCGCUAUUGGCCAGCGCGCACCGGCUUCAUUAUUCCAGUCUCACGGAUGCGCGAGACACUCACUCAGCGCGCGGAUGAGAGAGACUCACGCAGAACUUCGGGUUUAUCGCUACGGGAGGGACCUGUUACUGAAGCCACGGGAACGCACGUCACAUGCAUGAGAGCGGCACAUGCGAGCGGCUCCCCGGUUUAGUUGGGGACGCAGGAGAGAAGCGCAGUGAUGAUGGGACGCUUUGGGAAGAAGGGACGAUACUCUUGCUUUGGCUUCCUCGCGGUCCUGGUUCUCCUGCUGCCCUAUGCGAUGGCUAGAGGGUCACGUGAUGGUCUCUCAGCGAUGUCUGGAACUCUGCCUCACUUUCUGCAGGAGCCCGAUGAUGCAUACAUCGUCAAGAGCAACCCCAUCAAACUACAUUGCCGUGCCCGGCCCGCCCUCCAGAUAUUCUUUAAAUGCAAUGGGGAGUGGGUCCAUCAGAACCAGCACACUUCCUUGGAGCACACCGAACUAGGAACCGGGCUGAAGAUCCGUGAAGUGAUGAUAAAUGUGUCCAGACAGCAGGUGGAGGACUUUCAUGGACCAGAGGACUACUGGUGUCUUUGUGUGGCCUGGAGUCAUCUGGGCACCUCCAAGAGUCGCAAAGCCACCGUCCGCAUUGCAUACCUGAGGAAGAAUUUCGAACAGGAGCCACAGGGGUUGGAGGUGCCGAUCAAUGGCAUGAUCGUUCUACACUGCCGCCCACCCGAGGGAGUGCCUGCAGCUGAGGUUGAGUGGCUGAAGAACGAAGAGCUGGUGAGUUCUCUUGACGACGUCAAUAUCGACACUAGAGCUGACCACAACUUGAUCAUCAAUGAAGCAAGGCUGUCCGACUCUGGAAAUUACACCUGCCUGGCCAGCAACAUUGUUGCUAGGAGGCGUAGUGCAACGGCAACAGUCAUUGUGUUUGUGAAUGGAGGGUGGUCAUCCUGGACGGACUGGUCCGAGUGUAACGUCCGCUGUGGAAGAGGAGUUCAGAAGCGAACACGAACCUGCACUAACCCCGCUCCGCUUAAUGGAGGGGCUUUCUGCGAGGGAAUGUCUGUACAAAAGAGCACCUGCACCUCUCCCUGCCCAGUGGACGGUGGCUGGGCCGAGUGGACUAUGUGGUCUGUGUGUAGUUCUGAAUGUGAGAGGCAACGCACUAGAGAGUGUACAGACCCGGAGCCAAAACAUGGUGGCAGGCUAUGUGAUGGAGCUGCCCUAGACACGGACAACUGCACUGGAGACUUCUGCAUUCAAGACAGGAAGCUGCUCCAUGAUGUGAAGGUUCCGCAAGCUGAAAUGGAGAGCAAUAACGAUGUGGCGCUCUACUCUGGUUUGGCUGCUGGCGUAGUUACCGUCGUUGUGCUGGUCAUCGCUGUAACGCUGUACAGGCGGAAUCAGAGCGAGUAUGGUGUUGAUGUCAUUGACUCGUCUGCGCUGACCGGAGGAUUUCAGUCCUUCAGCUUCAAAAGUGCCAGGCAAGGAAACCCUCUGUUAAUGAACUCCUCCAUGCAGCCAGACCUGACCGUGUCACGGACCUACACCAGCCCCAUCUGUUUCCCUGAUUCCAUGGAGAAGGAGCUCAUCCCUGAACCUGCACUCUUUGACCCCCUCCCUGACCUCAAGGUCAAAGUUCACAGCUCCUUCAUGGUGUCCCUGGGUGUGUCCGAGAGGGCGGAAUAUCAUGCAAAAGGUCCUUCCCAAACGUUUCCUCGCGGCGUGGUGCAGGAGAUAGGAGGUGGAGGGGGCACGCUAGGUGGAAGGGGGAAGAAUCAGCUGGCCCCUGUUCAGCCAACGCUGGCCUCUAGUAUGACAACUGGCAAGCGGCCACUCAGAACAAGUGGGGUGUUCGGGCAGGGAGGAGGACGACUGGUGGUGCCCAACGCAGGUGUGAGUUUGCUGGUGCCUCAUGGUGCGAUUGAAGAGGACACAACCUGGGAACUAUACAUGAGCAUUACCCAGCAGGACUCCAGUGCUUUGUCUGAUGAAGGUCAGGAGAUACUUUUGAGUCCUGAGGUAACGUACGGCCCUCCUGGCCUGACCCUUUCCUGCCCUGUUGCCUUGACGAUAGCCCACUGUGCAGAUGUGAGUUCAGAAGACUGGAAUAUCAAGCUUAAGAGACAAACCCAGAACAACAGCUGGGAGGAGGUCAUGACUGUGGAUGAGGAGAGCACUUCUUGUUACUGCCUGUUGGACACUCAGUGCUGCCACCUGUUGGUGGAGAGGCCAGGGUGUUACGCUUUAGUAGGAGAGGCCCUCACACAGGUGGCAGGGAAGAGACUGAGACUGGCUGUGUUUGGAAACAUGGAGCCCAACUUCCUCAACUACAACAUUCGAGUGUACUGCGUAGAUGAUAUGCCCCAUGCCUUUCAGGAGGUGGUAUCCAUGGAGCGGGGUCGAGGAGGACGCCUCCUGGAGGAACCCAAGACCCUGCUCUUCAGAGCGAACUCUUUCAGCCUACAGGUCUCCAUCCAGGACAUCCCCCAGUUCCUCUGGAGCAUCAAACCUUUUACCACCUGCCAGGAAUUCUCCUUCUCUCAGGUGUGGUGCAGUAGACAGUCUCCUCUGCAGUGUGCCUUUUCUCUGGAGCGCUACAGUCCAGCAGCCAAUCAGCUCUCCUGUAAGAUCAGUGUUCGGCAGGUCAAAGGUCAUGAGCAGAUCCUACAGGUCUACACCACCAUUGCUGAGAGUGAAAAAGAUACAGUGCCAUUCUUCACACAAUCAGACUGUACCAUCACCUCCCAGACGGGGUCCAGGGCCUUCAAAAUCCCCCUGUCAAUUCGCCAGCGAAUCUGCGCGACCUUCGACACAGCGAAUGCCAAGGGCAAAGACUGGCAGCUCUUAGCACAGAAACUGCAUAUAGACAGAAACCUGGGUUAUUUUGCUCGCCAGACGAGCCCAUCCGCUGUCAUUCUGAGUUUGUGGGAAGCUCAGCAUCAGGAACGGGGUGAUCUGGACUCUUUGGCCAGCGCUUUGGAGGAAAUUGGCAAAGUUCAGUCUAAACACUCCACCAGCGCGGACACUCUGGACCGUAUCAGCAAAACCAUCCCCUCCAGCGACUCUACCAUGAACCGCAGCAGUGAGGAGCUAGACACGAACCACACCUAAGAACAGUUUCCUUGGAAAUGAAGACUAAAACACUGUCCUUAUCAGAGAUAAGAGGGUUCAACAAAGGGAGAGAGGAGGCGGCACUUGAGGUUGCCCAGCCCAGCAAAAAGUUGCUCCUCCCUCUCCUUGACUGAUAAAAACAGGGUGUUAAAGAUGGGUUGUGACCAAAUAGACAAGCUUCAGUGAUUCACAGAAACUCAAACACACACAUGCACACAGUAUUCCUAUCAAGUACCCUUAAAUUCAUCAGAACAAACUGACUUAUACACUAAGACUGUCUGAUGAAAAUUUGCAGCUAAAGAUUGUGGGUAUGCUUUCGCGAUCAUUUGUUUCCAUAAAGGCAAACUGAGGAAGUUCAACAGCCUAAAUGUUGACUUGAGACCACAGACCAGGCUGCCUCGAUGCUUCAGAGUGUUGAAGAAUGUGUCGUCGUUUUUGUGGGACACUUUUAUUUUGCGUCUUUCCACAACGGUUGUCUGCAUUUCUGAGUAACUUUCUGAUUGCAAAUAGAUUAAAAAAAAAAUCUGUACUAUUGAAUACUAUUAAAGCCUGUUGGAUAGCAAAACCAGUGUAAACUGAGAGAUGUACUCAAAGAUAACCAAAACAAAAUGUUGUUAUACACCAUUUACUUUUGCAGCCUAACAAAAUAUAUAAUUAUUAUUAUUGUUAUUUUUUGUCUGAAGGAAGAAAUAUAAAAAAAAGAAAGCAGAAAAGGACUAAUGCUUAAUGAGAAAGUGUGAUUUGAGGUAAGGAAUAUGAUUAUAAAUUUAAAGGGACAGUUCACCUAAAAAAAAUCAAAAUUCAAAGUCAUAAAAGUAGUGUAUGUAACCUGUGCACUGUAUACUAAAGCCAUAUGAUAGCUUCACAUGAGAAACAGACUGAAUUAAAAGGUUUAGGGUCCUUUCGAAGGCUUGAAAUCUCCAGACCCGUUCACUUUUAUGUUAAAAAAGAGCAACAAGUGCGUUAUUUAAUUUUUUUUUAUUUAUUUAUUUAUUUUAUUUCUCACAAGAAAGAAACUGGAAGAACAAUAGGGUGAGAAAAAGAUGACAGAAUUGUAAUUUUUGGGUGAACUAUCCCUUUAAAUGUGACCAAGCUGACUGCUGAUUGGUCAGAAUCCUUCUCUAUCAGCUGUCUCUCAAAAUGACAAAUGAUGGACAGCUGUGUGUAAACUCAUCAGAUAACCCAGUAAAAAUCCAUCAAACAUA